GGAGUCCACCUAAUUUCCCCAAGGUACAACGGACAGUACGUUUUUCGUCGCAAUUGUUCCGCUUUUUACAAAACCCUUCUCUAUUUACGGCGAUCCCCUUUUCCACAACAUUUCACCCUCCAUUGAAAGCAGCCGCCAUGACUACCUUCCGGAUUGUAGACAACGAGGAGCAAGACAACCGCUACGACCUCUUUGACGUUUACUUCCACAGCGACACAAUCAAAACAACGGUUACUUCCGAUCCGGAAAUCGUCACUCAGUGGAUCUCCGAAACCGAAUCCUCUCUCCACGACCGCCGCCAUCUCAUCGUUGGACUUGACGUCGAGUGGCGGCCCAGUUUCCACCGCAAUCAGCAAUUCAAAGUUGCAACUCUCCAGCUCUGCGUCGAUCGCCGUUGCCUCAUAUUCCAACUCCUCUACUGCAGUUCAAUUCCAGAUUCCCUCGUUAGUUUUCUGUCCAACGGAGACUACACGUUUGUUGGGGUUGGAGUUGAGAACGAUGUGGAGAAGUUGGUUGAAGAUCACGAGCUUACCGUGAGGAAUAUGGUGGAUUUGAGAGUUUUGGCAGCUGAUGCAUAUGAGAUGAGUAAUUUGAAAACUGCUGGGUUGAAGGAGCUGUGCAAUGUUGUUCUUGGAAGAGAGAUUGAGAAGCCUAGACAUAUUACUAUGGGUAGGUGGGACAGUGAGUGGUUGAGUUUGGAUCAAAUUAAAUAUGCUUGUGUUGAUGCUUUUGUUUCUUUUGAGAUUGCAAAGCAUUUGAAUGUUGCUGCUGCUCCUUGAAGAUUCUGGGUGAAGAUUUGGUUUGAUAUUGUUAAUUGAAUGGUUAUAGCUUCUGCCUUCUUGGUUUUCGAAGUAUGUUAAUUGGGUGAAGAUUUAGAACUUUUAUGUCAAGAGUUUAAGUUAUAUGCACGAUGGCGUAAAAAUUCUUAUGUAAGUAUGAGUUGUUAAAUGAUACUAAUUGACAUAUUAUAACAUAGUAUAUAACUUAAAUCUUUAAAUUUAAUCUUAGUUGUGAAAACAUCAGCUGUUAAGUUCUGUGUAUGCCUAGACUGUGUUUGUUUAGAUUCUAAUUAACUUAAACUUUCAAUCUGUUUAUUUUCUUGACUGACUAAGGGUUUUCCCUUUUCCUUUUUUGUCAAGAAUGUUCUCCUUCUAGAGCUGAUUUUUGUGUUCUUUGAUGAAGUAAAACCUGAUGAUUUAAUUAUUGUUAAAGCAUUUCUUCCUUGAAUCGGUUUAUUUUGAUUCAAAUGUUGUAAUAAUGGAGCUUAAUAUCAACUGAAGCAGGAGAAAUUACAAUCUUACAAUCCACAAAUUAGGGAAAACAGGACAAAAAAAAGGGAAAAUAGAAAAGGGAGAUUCCAGACUGCUAAACUUUAGCUAAAAAAAAAGAUAAACAUGCAAGUUCUUCCAUUCCUUGUUAUAGCUUCAAGUUCUUGUGGUUGCUUCCCUUUUAUAGCUUCAAGUCAUCGUGCAGAUUCAGCCAGGUUCUCUCACUCACAAUCUGCUAAUCUUUUAUUGGGCUGUCUAGCCCUUUUACUAUAUCUUAAUUUAUAAGGAUUGUAAAGGAUCAUAGUGGUACAGCUAUUACCUAACCAUUGUAUAGUUAAGUUAGUUAGAACCAUAGUUUAGUGAGUUGGUGUUAGUAUAGUUAGUUAGGUAUUAGUUGUAUAAAUGUAUCUUUCCACUACUUGUACUGACACUUAUCAUUUUAACAGAAUGCAUUUCUCUGUUUUCGUUC